AUGAAAAUCGCUUACAUGUAUGAUGAAACAAUAGGCCUUCAUAGCUAUGGAAAAGACCACCCAAUGAAUCCUUUCAGAAUAACAAUGACACAUUCGCUAGUCAAGUCAUAUCAACUAGAGCAUUAUCUGGACCUCUAUGCUCCGACUAAAGUUCCAAUUACGUAUCAUAGCGAUGAAUAUUUAAAAUCAAUCGGAGUGAAGGAGACGCCAGACUGCCCAGUAUUUGAAAAUAUAUUUGAUUUCUGUGAAAGAUAUGCUAGUGCGUCUAUUAAUGGAGCAUUCAUUCUCAAUUCUGGUCUCUACAACUGUGUCAUUAACUGGGCCGGUGGUCUGCAUCAUGCUAAAAAAGAAGAGGCAAGUGGCUUCUGUUUUGUAAAUGACAUAGUUAUGGCAAUUCUUGAGCUUCUUUCAAAGUAUGAAAGAGUCAUGUACAUUGAUGUUGAUGUUCAUCAUGGAGACGGAGUAGAAGAGGCAUUUUUGGACAAUGACAGAGUCUUAACUCUGUCUCUCCAUAAGUAUGGCGAUGGAUUCUUUCCUGACACUGGAACAUUGAUAACUGGUGACUGGAAAGCACUGAAUGUGCCACUUCAGAAUGGAAUAGAUGAUGACUCGUAUAAAUACAUAUUUGAGCCUGUGGUUUCAAAUGCCAUCAGAAAAUUCAAGCCAAAUGUAAUUGUAUAUCAAUCAGGUGCUGACUCACUAGCUGAGGACAAGUUAGGAACAUUCAGCCUAAGCAUAAAAGGACAUGCUGAGUGUCUUAAGUUUGUGAUGAGCUAUGAAAUACCACUUUUAGUACUGGGUGGGGGCGGCUACACUAUACACAAUGUUGCUAGGUGUUGGGCAUAUGAAACGGCGGUUCUCUGCGGUGCGCCCAUCCCCGAUGUUAUUCCCGAUGACAAUCCGUUCAGACAGUAUUUUGAGCCUAACUUCGAGACAAACCCAGAAUUCUAUCACAAGCAUGCAAAUCAGAAUAGAAAAAAGUACUUAGACUCAAUAAUAGAGUUUUUACAAGACAAAAUCGAUAAGUUUUAG